UAGUUUUAUCUGAGCUCCGUCCGAGUAUAGAAGGCAAAAUGUUCUUCUCGGCGGUUCUGGUCGUACUGACCGCGCAAACCGCUGUCGGUUCCACCGCGGAGCGCCGCUACGGCGACCUCCGGGACUGGUACCUGAACAACGUUCACCUCGUCAACCGGAACCGUAACUAUACGGAGGUGGAGGUCGCGAUGCCCGGACGGGAUAUGCCGACGCGGCUUUGUGAUGAGCGUUACGGCAAGCUUUUCGAGGAGUUGGAAUAUCUGAAAAAUCUGCUGAGCAAGUGCACCGGCUGCGCCGGGAAGCUGACUCAUCCGGCGAGUGGCGACGAGUGCUUGGUGGGAACUUGCUAUGACGGCGUUCGUUGUCAGUUGAUGAACGAUGACGAGCCGCACUGUGGGCUGUGUCCCGUUGGGUACGACGGAGAUGGAGUCUCGUGCGGCAAGCGGAACGCUUGCGACAAGAAGCCGUGCUACGCUGGCGUUCAGUGCAGCGCGCGGGAUGACUAUCCGUACUACGGAUGCGGGUCGUGCCCAGCGGGCUACGACGGUGACGGCCGGAAGUGCUGGAAGAAGGACUUGUGCGCGAGACGAGCCUGCUUCCCUGGGGUUACCUGCAAGUGGACGGCUGAAUCGCCGUUCUUUGAGUGUGGAUCGUGUCCGGUGGGAUACGAAGGAGAUGGAAUCAGUUGCGGAAGGAAUCCGUGCCUGCAGAAUCCAUGCUUUAGAGGAGUGAGCUGUCAGAAGAAGGCGGUGGAUCCGUACUUUGCUUGCGGAGCGUGUCCGCCAGGACUGGCGGGAAAUGGGAUUUUGUGCGGGAAGGACUCGGAUUCCGAUGGAGCUCCAGAUGAGGGGUUGGAUUGUGCGGAACGUAGCUGCGCCAAGGACAACUGCCGGAUGCAGCCCAACUCUGGCCAGGAGGACACCGAUGGGGACGGGAUUGGAGACGCUUGCGAAGACGAUAUCGACUCGGACGGAGUGAAGAACGAUGCGGACAACUGUCCGUACGGGUUCAACCCCCGACAGGAGGAUUCCGACGGAGACAAGAUCGGCGAUGCGUGCGAUAACUGCAAGUGGGUUAAAAACACGAAUCAGUUGGAUCUGGAUCGUGAUGGCAAGGGGGACGUCUGCGACGACGACAUUGAUGGGGACGGGAAGAAGAACGCUGAAGACAACUGUCAACGCGCGUACAAUCCGAAGCAAGAGGACGUUGAUUUCGAUGGGAUUGGGGAUGUCUGCGACAACUGUCCCACGGUAUACAACCGGUACCAGAUAGACUCGGACGGCGACGAAGUCGGCGAUGCUUGCACAACCCACUUGGACUCGGACGGAGAUGGACGUCAGGACGAUCGGGACAACUGUCCGUUCGUGGCGAACGCGGCCCAGUUGGAUACGGACAACGAUGGAAGGGGGGAUGCCUGCGACGACGAUAAGGACAACGACGGGGUACCGGAUCGGGUGGACAAUUGCGAACUCAUUUGGAAUCCCAACCAAGCGGAUCGCGAUAGGGAUGGCAGGGGCGACGCUUGUGACAAGGAUUUCGACGGGGAUUUGGUGGAAGAUUCCAUGGACAACUGUCCCAGGAACGGACAAAUCAUGCGGUCUAACUAUAACUUUACAACGGUGGCGCUUGAUCCGGAGGGCAUUUCCCAGGAUGAUCCGUACUGGGUUAUUCUGAACGAUGGAGCUGAAAUAUUCCAGAAGUUUAACAGCGAUCCAGGUUUAGCGAUUGGUUACGACAAAGUGGAAGGUUUGGAUUUCGAGGGCACGUUCUUCAUAAAGCCGGAAUACUUUCAAGAUGACGACUUUGUGGGGUUCGUUUUCGGCUAUGUCAGCAAUCGCAAGUUCUACUUUGCCUCGUGGAAACGCCUGGCACAAAAUUAUUGGAAGUCUCAUCCGUUUAAAGCCACUGCAACGGCCGGAGUGUUGCUCAAAUUGGUAAACAGUCAAACUGGACCGGGAACCAUGCUGCGGAACAGCCUCUGGAACGAUGCCGGCAUACAGGGACAGACCAAACUGCUGUGGCAGGAUCGUGCGAAGAAAGGUUGGCAGUUUAAUACGGCGUACCGCUGGAAGUUGCUUCAUCGGCCGGAAAUUGGAUUGAUUCGCUUCCGGCUGUUCAGGGGGCAGGUUCUUGAGGCAGAUUCUGGAAAUUUGUUCGAUUUUACCAUCAAGGGAGGUCGGAUGGGAGUUUACUGCUUCUCGCAAGCUCUGAUUACGUGGUCAAAUUUGAAAUAUAGCUGCAAUGACGAGAUUCCACGAGACAUUUACAGUCAAUUAACUCCGGAAACACGUAGAAAGGUGAAGCCCUCGAACAAUAACUGGUUAUCCUAGAAUGUUUGAAAUUACACUCCGUUAUUUUCGGAGCAAAUCUUCCCAAUCCCCCGCUUUCCGAAAGUCCAUCUUGCUCAGCGCAUCUUUGUCUUUGUUUACGUUCGCGCGCGCAGCUGUCAAGCUGUUCGUUACACUCUAAACUGUGUUCACUUAAAUAAAGGGUUAAAAGCCUACAUUUAUGCCAUGCAAAUUUU